GACCUACUUCUGUUUUGGGCCUUGCAAUUGGCCGAUAUAUAAGAUGCAGAGGGAAGGAUGCUACUGGUGAGGAAGUAGUCAAGCCUUAUACUCCAAAUACACUGGAUUUUGAUAUUGGAUACUUUGAGCUUGUUUUAAAGGAAGACAUGGCCGAUGCAAGUGCAGAGUGUUUGGAUGAGUACGUAAACAUUGUCAGCAGGAUGUUUCAUAGCGAGGAUGAAGGUUUUGAGUUCUAUAACAAGUAUGCUCUUGAGAAAGGCUUUAGUGUGAGAAAAGGCUAUGUUGAGUGGGAUGAAGCGAACGAGAAGAUAAUUCUGAGGAAACUUGUCUGUAGUCGUGAAGGUUGCCGUGAAGAGAAGCACAUGAAGAGGAAGAGAGAAGAUAGGAAGAGGAAGCCACGGAAUAUCACUCGUGUGGGGUGUAAAGCGAAAUUUGUCAUUGUAAGAGUCGCGAAAACAGGGCGGUGGUUUGUGAAGGAUUUCAUCGAUGAACACAACCAUCCUCUGGCCCCACGAGACCUUGCUUGCUUUUUGCGUUCCCACAGAAGAAUCAGCGACGAGCAGAAAGCAGACAUUAUAGAGAUGGAAAGUGUUGGAAUCCGGAAACACAAAAUCAUGGAUGUGUUGUGCAUGCAGUACGGUGGAUACGACCAUGUUGGAUGCAUGACGAGGGACAUCUAUAACUUCUGUCAUCGCUACAAGCAGGAAACAGUCGCUGCCGGUGAUGCUCAGACGGUGAUCUGUCACAUGAUGGCGCGGCAAGAGAGAGACCCAGAUUAUUUCUUCAAAUACUUGGUUGAUAAAGAUGGGCAUCUGAAGGGAUUGUUCUGGUCCGAUACUCAAUCCCGCCUUGACUACGAGGCUUUCGGCGAUGUUGUGGUUUUUGAUAGCACAUACAGGACCAAUAAGUACAAUCUGCCGUUUGUGCCAUUUGUCGGGUUGAAUCACCACCGCAGCACAGUUAUCUUUGGAUGCGGGAUCAUUUCUCAUGAAACUAACGAGGCGUACGAGUGGAUGUUGCGGACAUUUUCUGAAGCCAUGUCGCAGAAGCAUCCGAUAUCUGUAAUCACUGACGGGGACCUUGCAAUGCAGAGAGCGAUCAGGAUGGUGUGGCCUGACUCAUACCACAGGCUGUGUGUAUGGCACAUUCAGCAGAACAUCGUACGCCAUCUGCAUGAUGAUGAGGUUAGGGAAGAAUUCAGAUCUUUCAUAUAUGACUCGUCUUCUAUUGAAGAGCAUGAGAGAAAAUGGAUAGAGUUCUUACGAAGGAAUGAAGUGACAAGUGAGGAGUCGUGGCUGCAUCAGAUGUAUCAGAUGAGGAAGCUGUGGUGUGCUCCAUACCUGGUGGGGCGCUGUUUCUUAGGAUUGAGCAGCAAUCAGCGGAGUGAGAGCCUAAACUCUGUGCUACAUACACAUCUUGAGGGUAAGAUGACAUUGUUUGAUAUGCUAGAGCACUAUGAGCGUUGCCUUUCCGGACGACGCUUGAACGAGGCGAUCCUAGACAUCGUGGCCUUGCAGUCCGUUCCAUUUACAGACGCUGAUGCUUCAAGUCUCGAGAAACAUGCUGCCCGGGUUUUCACGCCUUGUAUGUUUCAGUUGGUCAGAUGGAGCAUAAGUGUUGUUAGAAAAUGUGUUAUCAGCGAGAUACUAGAUGCAUGGGAGUUGACUACAUAUGUUGUGGCUAAGAUCGAUAGAAGAGAGAAGAAGUUUGAAGUGCGCUGUGAGAUGAAGGAAGGUUCUUUGUACAUGAUCAAUUGUUCUUGUCGUAAGCUGGAAUGCUUGGGAACACCUUGCUCUCACAUAUUCUACAUCUUGGGAAUAUGUCAAGUGGAACUGCUGCCUUGGUGUUGUGUUCCCAUGAGGUGGACGAUGAGUGCGAAGUCUGCAUUCCCUUCGACCAGAAAGAGCGAGAUGUAUGACUAUUCGGCAAGCCUUAUGAGGUACCGUGAAUUGCGGAAUUUGAGUCACGCGGCAUGUUUCCGGGCAUGUCAAUCUAGUGAGGAGUAUCAGCAUCUGAAGAUGGUUCUGAGUGAACAAGAUGGCAGCAAGGAAUCAAGCCGUGGUGAGGAAGAAUGCAUUAGAUUUGGUCCGGUGCUGCCACAGACCACGGAAAUUGAUUGUGGAGAUUUGGAAAAGGUUCUGGACCCAGUGCAUGUGCAAGGCCGAGGUGCACCGAAGAAAAGGCUGCAGGCAAAGAUGAAGAAGCAAAGAUCAAAGAGGAAAUGUGGCUACUGUGGGGUGGAAGGUCAUAAUCGGCGUAAAUGCAAUAAAUUGAAAGAGGAAAUGAUGGCAGCAAACUGUUAGCUACAGCUCUCUGUACAAGGCCAUUGGCAAAAUGGACGCAGCUGUUGAGCCUCAAGAGAGUGAUGUUGUGUUGGUGGCGAAGUGCCCCAACCCUGAAUAUCCUAUGAAUGCCAUGUGAAGGAGGGUAUGAGGAAGAUUUUGGAUGGUCAGCGACAAGGGCGUCAUCAAGAAGAACAGGGAGCUGCAUGCAUUUCCUGGGUAGCAGUUCUAACUGUUUUUGUCAUAUCUCAUUGUGGAUUAGUGAGAAUGUUAUGUAAUUAGUGAUCUGCAGUCCAGAUAGUUUAGCAAGUGAGAUGUUUGCUGUGUUGAGGAUGUCAGAUUGCUCGGCUGCAGGUGGGGAACAGUGCCGACUUUGUGUUUUUGUGGACGGGUCGAGGCAUAUUCUAUCAGAUUUUCUAUACUGUGCUUUCAGGAUGUUGUAUAAUACAAUUUGCUGGAGCAUGCCAUCGCUUAUACAGGUUUAAGAU